AUGGAGUGGCUCGCUCUGAUGUUUCUCCUGAUCAACGGUGUUUAUACAGGACCACCUGCAGGGCCACCCGACAACAUUGGGCGAGAUUUUAUCGUGGCAUUCUCAGCUAAUACGGCCAGCGACACUAAGAGCGCACGCGCUUUGCAACUCUUCCUGACUCCCGCAGUCGCUCGUGUAGCGAACUUUAAGAUCGACACACCGGGCGAUUCAUCAUUAAUGGCGAAAAUCGAAGGAAGUGUGAAGAAAGGGGAGGUAAAAAUGGUGAAGAUACCCACCAAACUUAUGGUCCGGACAACCGAAAUUUCGGACAAAGUAAUCCGUGUCUCUUCGGAUGCCGAUAUUGUCGUCUUCGGGGCCAACAAACUCUCUUAUGCCAUAGAUGCCUACUUAGCCCUACCAACUGAUGUCCUCGGACGGAACUACUUAGUGUUAUCCUACCGCGAGCCCAAACGAAAGCGAGGUAGAAGCACCUUCUUGGUCGCAACAGGAGAAUACCCCACGUCAAUAGCAGUUCAAUUACCGAAGAAAAAAUUGGAUAAAAUCUAUUUUGACUUUAAUGGAAAGUCGUACAAGGGUGGCACCUCCUUGGUGUUAAGGCUUGAGAGAUACACGGCAUUUCAAGUAUCAAGCACAUUGGAUCUAACGGGAACUCAAGUUGUCAGUGACCGUCCUGUUGCUGUCUAUGCCGGGAAUGAAAGGGAAAGCGUGACCAUUCCUAAUAAGACGACUGAAUCAUCGGACUAUUUAGUGGAACAGCUUCCGUCCGUAAACAGAUGGGGCCAGGACUUUAUUACCACGCCGGUUAAGGGUAUAAGCGUUGGACAGAAGUUUAGAGUUCUAGCGUCAGAAGAUGACACUGAGAUCAAGAUUAAUGGUAAAGUAGUUAAGACGAUCAACCGGACAGAAUUCUUCACCUAUAUCGCGAAUUCAACCGAAGCGUACGCCUUUGUUACGUCCUCCAGACCAGUGCUUUUGGCUCAGUUCGGCGCAUCCAUCUCUCGGUCGAAGGAUGACGUACAAUCCGACAGUUUCAUGGCUCUAAUUACCCCCAUUCAGCAGUAUGGUAAAAACUAUGUCUUUUCUACAAUAACACAAAUGCAAACGACGCGCGGCGGUCUCAUCAAAAACUUUGUUAACGUCGUCGCAAGGACGGACCAAAUGUCAGGAUUAGUCGUCGACGGGCAGCCCCUCGUUGUGGCAAAGGUGCCGCUGACAGAAAUCAAAGGAACCAACUACACUGCCACUCAGUUUGAAAUUCCUGCUGGAAGUCACUCAGUCUCUCAUCAAGAUGCCACUGCCGUUUAUUUUAUACUUAUUUACGGUUUAGUCGCGUACGAAGCUUAUGGUUGUCCUGCUGGCAUGGUACUGACCGACUUGAGCUCAUGUGUGCUCACCCCACCGGGGGACCACGAUGGGGUCGACAAUGACUGCGAUGGGUUAACAGGUGAGGAACUCUUCAACAACAUAGAUGACGACCAUGAUGGAAAGAUAGACGAGGAUUACAUCAAAGUGCCCACAGUCACCGUGACUCAAAGUAAAACUCAAACAAUCACGGUAGAACCAACUCCUGUCCUCAUAACCACCUGUCCAAUCACACCUACAGUUACGCUGACCGAUUCUGUCCUAUAUUGCCCGACAACAACAACAGAAUCAACAACGCCAACGACAACCCCGCCGACUACAACAACAACGGAAAUGUCCACAAUCAAAUCCUCUCAAACCGAAGUCCCUGGUUUCGCAGACUUAAAUGAUACAAAAUACAUCACCAUCAUGGUUAUCAUUUGCUCGUGCGUUACCCUAGGGAUCCCAGUUUGCGUACUUAUGAUAUGUUGUUUCCGGGCGUGGUGUUGCUGUGGAUAUUGUGGCGAACAAGUACCCGAGGAGCCGGAAAAGAAGGAUGCCUAUGUCUUAGAUAUGCCCCUGUCGUAA